AUGGCUUCAAGGAUGGUACUUAGAUUGAGUGAGUCGGCGGUGCUGGCUCUAGUGGCGUGUGCGCACGCGCAGUACCAAGAUGAGCGCGCGCCGCGAUACAUCGCGUCAGAGCCAAAGGCCCCGCCCACAACACCCGUGCCUAUCCUCAAACAAAUAAACAGGCACAAUGAGGAUGGGUCCUACACGUACGGGUACGAGGCCGCCGAUGGAUCGUUCAAAAUAGAAACAAAGGCACCGAACGGAGAAGUCAAAGGCAAAUACGGAUAUAAGGAUGAUACUGGCAAGGUCCGUGUGAUUGAGUACGGAGCCAACAAAUAUGGCUUCCAGCCUGCUGGUGAGGGUAUCACAGUGGCGCCACCUACACUCGUCGAUGAAACUAAAGAGGAGAGACAGAGACAGAAGCAGCAGCAGCAGCAACAACCUCAGCAGCCUCGCCGCAGCCAAUACCAGCCGGCCCCAGCUCAGGCGAUUGACUAUGACUAUGAGGACCCAGCACCUCCCCCACCCAGGGCCCCAGCCCGUCCCGUCCCGAGGCCAACACAAUACCGGCCUGAACCCGCACCUCCACAAUACUCAGCUCCUGCUCAGCCCCAGUACCGAGCCCCUAUUCAUCAGACACAACAACAGUUCGGGGUGCCAUCUCCCACACAAGCGCCGCAGCAGCAGUACAGGCCUUCUUCACAGCAAAGCCCCACCCCUCCUAGGCCCGCAUUCUUCGCCGGAGCAGCUCCAGUGCCAGAAGAGAACAACUUCUUCAACCCGCAGCCACAGCCACAGCCACAACGCAGACAGUUCCAGAACAAGCCGAGGCAGGACUUCAGACCUGCUCCUCAGUUCCAGGACUAUGAACCUAACCCCUUCGAGCCUCAACAAGUCAAUAACUUCGCAGCUCCAAGGCCUACUAAGAACCACUUCUCCAUGUUAGAUGAACUCCUCAAGGAAUAUGCUCUCCCUGCUAACGGACCACGAGCUGUUCACGAUAUCACCUUCGGAAGCUACUAGGCUAAGAAUAAAUCUCAAUGUCAUUUUGUAAAUAUGUAGACUAUUUUUUAUUAAUAUAAAACAAAUUUGUUUCUUAGUUUUUAUCAAACAAAUUUUGAUAA